AUGGCAGACGCGACCGUCUUGGCCGCGUCCUCGGUCUUCCCGCCGGAGAAGCGUGUCUGGUAUCGGAGUACACUUUUUAAUGCGACCAUCAUUGGAGGUGUCGGCUUCCUAGCCCCUGGACUAUGGAAUGCCAUGUCGUCCCUCGGUGCUGGGGGAGCAGAAUCGCCAUUUCUCAUCAACGCCGCUAAUGCGCUCGUCUUCGGAUUGAUGGGUUUUCUCUGCGUAUUGGGUGGCCCCAUUGCGAAUCGCAUUGGUUUGAACUGGACGCUGUUGCUGGGAGCUGUUGGCUACCCGAUCUACUCGGCUGCUUUAUAUACCAAUAACCGCUAUGGUAAUGUUUGGUUCGUGCUGGUCGGAGCAGUUGCCUGUGGUCUAUCAGCUGGCUUGUUUUGGGCCUCAGAGGGCGCAGUGGCCCUUGGCUACCCUGAGCCAGGCAAGCGCGGAGCGUACCUGAAUAUCUGGCUCUGGUUCCGUACAGGAGGUCCACUUCUGGGAAGUGCUAUUGUCCUUGGCCUGAAUCAUUCCUCGGUUUCUGCCGCGAAGGGAAAGAUCGGGUCAGAAACCUACCUUAUUUUCGUUGCCUUGCAAUGUCUUGCAGCGCCUCUGGCUGUCUUUCUUACUGCCCCUGAAAAGGUUCAGCGAAACGACGGAACGCAAGUCAAGGUGAUCCGGCAAGAGUCGUGGCGCGAUGAAUUUCGUGAGCUCUGGCGAGUCUGCGCCCGCAAGAAUAUCUUACUUUUGCUCCCGGUAUUCUGGGCUGCAUACUUCAACCAGUAUUCUGGAAAUUUUGAGACAUACUACUUCGGAGUCCGGGCUCGCGCUCUGAUUGGUCUAAUUAGCUACCUUUUCGCUUUGUUCUCCUCGUGGUCUAUCAGCUGUUUCCUGGACUACAAAGGUCUACCAGUGAAGAGUCGAAUCACUUACAGCUUCUACUAUGUGAUCGUAGUCCAUAUUAUUGCCUGGGUAUACGGCUGGGUCAUCCAAGAGAAAUACACGGCAAACCCACCCGCUCUGGACUGGGCGGACAAGGGCUUUACGGAAGGCAUGUUUGUAGUUCUUCUAUGGCAAUUUUCGCAACAAGCGCUUCAGAACUGGCUGUACUAUUUACUUUCGACGACGACCGAUAACAUUUCCGAACUAUCGCGGUUAUCGGGGAUCCUGCGAGGCCAAGAGAGCUUUGCUCAGGCCGUGUCCUUCGGUCUCAACACUCGGGACUGGUAUGGAGGACGAGUUCCCCUUGCUGUGAACACAAUACUCCUCGAGAGAGAAGGUCUUGCGGUCUUCCCGACUUGGCUAGUGGUCCAGAGUCACGAGCCAGUCGACCAGCAUUCCGUGCAGCAGAGCCAUGGGAAGGAUGAGGAGCACGUUUCUGUUGUAGGAGACGGCCAUACGGCUCCCCUAUCACACGAUGGUCAAGUUACAGUUGUCGGAGAGCAGGUCAAGGCGAACUGA